AAAAAAAACUUUUGACUUUUGUUUUCCCGGUAAAGGUUAUUCAGAGAAUGAGAACAAGUCGAGAAGGUCACGAAACCAAGCAGCUUUAUUUGGCAAUGUACUCUAGCGUUUUCGGUGGAAUCACAACUGAUACAGAUGCCAUGGUGAUCCCCAUGGAUGAUGACAUGGUUCAUAGAGGACAUGGAGUUUUUGAUACCGCUGCCAUUAUGGAUGGAUGCCUUUAUGAGUUGGACGAACACCUCGAUCGUUUCCUGAGAUCUGCAACCAUGGCCAAAAUACAAAUUCCUUUUGAUAGGGAAAUCAUUAGAAGAAUUCUCAUUCGUACAGUAAGUGUUUCCAAGUGCAGAAAAGGUUCUCUAAGAUACUGGCUUUCGGCAGGACCCGGUGAUUUCCAACUAUCUCCAUCGGGCUGUCCUCGAGCAGCUCUUUACGCCAUUGUAAUACAAGAUCAAUCACCUCCCGAUCACAGGGGAAUCAGAGUUGUAACUUCAUCCGUCCCAAUAAAAACCCCACAGUUUGCCGUCAUGAAAAGCGUAAAUUAUCUGCCGAAUGCACUUUCCAAGAUGGAAGCAGAAGAAAAUGAUGCGUAUGCAGCAAUUUGGUUGGAUGGCGACGGGUUUGUCGCUGAAGGACCUAAUAUGAAUGUGGCUUUUGUUACAAAGGAAAAGGAACUUCUGAUGCCUAGUUUUGACAAAAUUCUCAGUGGCUGUACGGCUAAAAGAGUUCUGGUUCUUGCAGCAAAGCUAGUAAAAGAAGGUAAACUUCGGGGCAUUAGAGUAGAUAACGUAUCGGUAGAGGUUGGGAAAAGAGCAGAGGAGAUGAUGCUAAUUGGCAGUGGAGUUCUUGUCCGCUCGGUGGUGCAGUGGGAUGAAAAAAUCAUAGGUGAUGGUAGAGAAGGUCCUGUGACACAAGCUCUGCUAAAUCUUCUUUUGGAGGAUAUGAAGUCAGGGCCUGCAUCAGUGCGAGUUCGCGUUCCCUAUUAAAAUGGAUAGCAUAUUUUCCCUUUCAAUAUGGUGGUUGGAAAUUCAAGAUUCAACAAUCUCAACUCUUGAUUAGGAAUUACUGCUGCUGCUGCUGCUACAGAAAUGUUUCUCAGAUAAGCUUUGCUAAAAUAAGCUUGCUUUCUUAUUUUCUUCAUAAUAGUUGUACUAUGGCCAAAGAAUAUUCAGCUUUAAGUUCUUUCCUCAACUGUAUUUCUCACAUUCCACCCU